AGUACCGUCUCUGUCUUUGGUGAACGAACGUACAACUGUUAUAGAACGACGACAACUGAUAUCGACGACCACUAUUUUAACUUCAACUUCUACUUUAACAACUGUGACUGCUGUCUUUGCUGCAACUCAACAACAAAUGGACCCACAAAGACACCUGGCAUUUGGACAAAUGCCAUUCACUGCUCCCCUUUACGGGCGAGUCGCUGCUCCCCUUUACAGGCAAGUCACUGCUUCCUUUUACAGGGCAGCACAGUUCAACCCUGCUGUAGUACAGCUGCAGCAGACUGUACAGAGCCUAAGAGAUGCCCUCUACUCCGCCAUCUCUGAGAUAAAGGCUGUGAAGGAAGAGAACAAGGCUCUUAAGGAGCAAGUGAGGAAGAUGGAGAGGAAGCACAGAGAGGAGCUGAAAGAAAAAGAUGAGCUCCUUAACAGAGAAGUCAACAAAAGGAGGGCUCGUACUCAGGCUUAUGUCAACUGCCUGGACCUGCUCAAUAGACAAGAAAAGGCCCUUAAGAGUGCAGAGCUGAGAGGUAAAGCUCUAGAGUCAAACCUGAGAUGGGAGCUGACUCUCAAAGAAGAGAAACAUCAGGAGGAGAAGAAAUACAAGGAGGAAGUGGAAGAGGAGACCAAGAGGAGUGAGGAUGGUUGGAGGAGAAUGGAGAGCCACCUCAGAGAGGAGCUCAAUCAUAAAGAUGAGCUCCUUAAAAAAGAAACCAAAAGGUUCGCACUCAGGCUUAUGUUGACUGCAUGA